UGGGGGCCGGAGGUAGGGCGGGGAUGCGGAGGGUCUGGCAGCUAAGGAAUGAAUCCCCCCCCUCCUCGGACUGAAGCCUUUAAAUACCGGCUCGGCCCGGGACUCGGGGUGCCGAGCGUCUGCAGCCCGAGGGAGGGGCGCUCUGUAAGGGGAGAUCUGGCGGAACCGGGCGCGAGUGCAGAAGCUGCAGCGGCGCGGCCCAAGCUAGGAGCUGUCCGAGCUAUCCGGAGAGGAGCGGCCGCCCGGCAAGGUGCUUGGAAGCGGUACCAUCAUGUUUGAAAUUAAGAAGAUCUGUUGCAUCGGUGCUGGCUAUGUUGGAGGACCCACAUGUAGUGUCAUUGCUCAUAUGUGCCCUAAAAUCAGGGUAACAGUUGUUGAUGUCAAUGAGUCAAGAAUCAAUGCAUGGAACUCUCCUACACUUCCUAUUUAUGAGCCAGGACUAAAAGAAGUGGUAGAAUCCUGCCGAGGAAAAAAUUUAUUUUUUUCUACCAACAUUGAUGAUGCCAUUAAAGAAGCUGACCUUGUGUUUAUUUCUGUGAACACUCCAACAAAAACCUAUGGAAUGGGUAAAGGCCGUGCAGCAGACCUGAAGUAUAUUGAAGCUUGUGCUAGACGCAUCGUGCAAAAUUCCCAUGGGUACAAAAUUGUCACUGAGAAAAGCACAGUUCCAGUGCGGGCAGCAGAAAGUAUUCGUCGAAUAUUUGAUGCAAAUACAAAACCCAAUUUGAAUUUACAGGUGCUGUCCAACCCUGAGUUCUUGGCAGAAGGAACAGCCAUUAAGGACCUCAAGAACCCAGACAGAGUACUGAUUGGAGGAGAUGAGACCCCCGAGGGUCAGAAAGCCGUGCAGGCACUGUGUGCUGUAUAUGAGCACUGGGUUCCCAGAGAAAAGAUUCUCACCACUAAUACUUGGUCUUCAGAACUUUCCAAACUGGCAGCAAAUGCUUUCCUUGCCCAGAGAAUCAGCAGCAUUAACUCUAUAAGUGCCCUCUGUGAGGCAACAGGAGCUGACGUAGAAGAGGUAGCAACAGCCAUUGGAAUGGACCAGAGAAUUGGAAAUAAGUUUCUCAAAGCCAGUGUUGGUUUUGGUGGGAGCUGCUUUCAAAAAGAUGUUCUGAACUUGGUCUAUCUCUGUGAGGCUCUGAAUUUGCCUGAAGUAGCUCGUUAUUGGCAGCAGGUCAUAGAUAUGAACGACUACCAGAGAAGGAGGUUUGCUUCUCGCAUUAUAGACAGUCUGUUUAAUACAGUGACUGAUAAGAAGAUCGCUAUCUUGGGAUUUGCAUUCAAAAAGGACACUGGUGAUACAAGAGAAUCUUCUAGUAUAUAUAUUAGCAAAUAUUUGAUGGAUGAAGGUGCACACCUCCAUAUAUAUGAUCCGAAAGUACCAAGGGAACAAAUAGUCGUGGAUCUUUCUCAUCCGGGAGUUUCAGCGGAUGACCAAGUGUCCCGCCUCGUCACCAUUUCCAAGGACCCCUAUGAAGCAUGCGAUGGCGCCCAUGCUGUUGUUAUUUGCACUGAGUGGGACAUGUUUAAGGAGCUGGAUUAUGAACGGAUUCAUAAAAAAAUGCUGAAGCCUGCCUUUAUCUUUGAUGGACGACGUGUCCUGGAUGGGCUCCAUCAUGAACUUCAAACCAUUGGCUUCCAGAUUGAAACAAUUGGCAAAAAGGUGUCUUCAAAGAGAAUUCCAUAUGCUCCUUCUGGUGAAAUUCCAAAGUUUAGUCUUCAGGAUCCACCGAACAAGAAACCUAGAGUAUAAAAGUUGCUAUUUUUAUUUGUAAUUUUUUUCAUAAUUCAGGAUAGUAAAUAUCUGACGUGAAGAGGCAAAUGAACCAACUGUUUUUAAGGAAACAAAACUAUUUUUUUAAUAAUCCAGUUUAUACUAGCUAUAUUGGAAUUAGCAUAUCUGGCAAUUAUGAAUCUAGAGUGUUUUUUACAUAUUUUUAUAAUAUUGUUACCUCAGUGAUUGAAUGAAUGAUAAUCAUGUUAAUUUUAAUAAUGUCAGUUUUUGUAAAUCAAAAAUUAAGUUUUGAACACUUUCUACUUUACAAAAUGUUCAUAGGUACAUUAUAAAGUAUAAUGGGAAAAGCGGUCUUCAGUUUUCUGAUCAUUGGUUUAUUUACUAGUUAUUAAAUAUAUAUUUUCUAAACCAUGAAAUUGCUAUGCUAAUUAGUGGGCUAAAGCUGUUAACUUUUUUUUAAGAUUUACUUAUUUAUGCAUACAGAACUGGGGGUACAG